CCGGGGUGCCCCGGUGUCCUCGGGGCUGGGUGCUGGUGAUGGGCACGGGGGUGCUGCUGCUGCUGCUGGGGACCCCCCUGGUCACCCUCCUCAUCCUCCACCUGCAGGGUCAGGCAGAGCUGCGGGCAGUGCGGGCACAGCUGGAGGCUGCGGGGACCCCUCUGCUGCUGGACCCCCACGGUCCCUGGAGCUCUGGUGACAUUUGUUGGGUGACAGCGGCUCAGAUUCGGAAGGAUCAGCUCGGCGGGUGGCUCCAGGGGCUGGGGCUGGGCUGGCGCUAUCACCGUGGGACCCUCUACUUCUUCUCGAGGGACCGCAAGGGCUGGGAGGAUGCAGAGCGAGCCUGCAGGGCCUGGCACUGCCACCUGGCUUCUGUCACCAGCCCCGAGGAGCAGGACUUCCUGGCCCGGGAAGUGGGUCCGGGUUCCUAUUGGAUCGGGCUGACCUCCCAGGGCCCCGGGGGUGCCUGGCGCUGGGUGGAUGGAACCCCCUACAGCCUGGCCCAGAGUUUCUGGGCGCCGGGGCAGCCCGACAGCCGUGACCACGGCCCCUGGGGACAGGAGCUGUGUGCCCAGAUCCACCCGGUGGGCAACGGGCUCUGGAACGACCACAACUGCAACUUCUCCUUCCCCUGGGUCUGCAAGAGGGUCCUGGGCUCCCCCUGAGCACCCCCCCUGCACGCCGUGGCUCCGGGAUGUCACCAGGAUGUCACCAGGAUGUCACCAGGAUGCCACCGCAGUGCCACCAAGGCCCUCGCCCCCCCGCCGGUCUCACUGCGCUGCCCCCACCCCAAUUAAAGGGCUCCCC